CGGAGUGUUCUGCUGACUCUUGUCUCUGGGCAGCAUCAAGUCAACAUCACUGGAAGAACUCUACAGUUGAGAGAAAAUGGAUGAGUUUUCUUACGAGUAUUACAGCAACUACACUUAUGAUGAAAGCUUCACCCCACACGAAGAGCCUGUUUUUCUCCACAAAUCCACCUGUACCAGCGACGCCCUUUGCGUGUCUCUGCUAGUGGUCACCGCCAUCAUUUUCGUAUUGGGCUUCUGCGGUAACGCCGUGGUCAUUUGGAUCUCCGGCUUCAAGAUGAAGAAGACGGUCAACACCACUUGGUACCUGAGCCUGGCCAUCUCCGACUUUGUCUUCUGCACCUUCCUGCCCUUCAUCAUCACUAACAUGGCCAUGGACAGGUGGAUCUUUGGACUCUUCCUAUGCAAGUUUGCCUCGCCCGUGUUGUUCCUUAACAUGUUCAGCAGCAUCUUCCUCCUAAUCAUCAUCAGCGCCGACCGCUGCGUGUCUGUCAUAUUUCCCGUCUGGGCUCAGAAUCACCGCACGGUACGAAAGGCAACAGUUGUGGUGAUCCUGGCCUGGGUUCUCGCCUUUGUGCUGAGUUUUCCCUCUGCUGUCUUUCGGGAAGUUAAGAAUCAGAUGGGCAAGAGCAUCUGCUACAACAACUACACAUUAUAUCAACACAGUCACAAAAUAAUUGUAGUUAGUCGCUUCCUGGCAGGCUUUGUGGUGCCUUUUGUUGUCAUCAGUAUCUGCUACUUGGUCAUCAUCGUCAAGCUUCGCAACAACAGAAUGACCAAAUCCUCCAAACCCUUCAAAGUCAUGACCGCGCUCAUCGCUACUUUCUUCAUCUGUUGGCUGCCGUACCACGUCUUUAUUCUUCUCGAGCUAAACCACCAAAUCUACAACCAUAGCCUCUUAACCGCUGGACUACAAGUUGGAACAUGCCUGGCGGCGGCCAACAGUUUCCUCAACCCUGUGCUCUAUGUGUUCAUGGGUAAUGACUUCCAGCAGAGGUUUAAGAGCUCCUUGUUGUCAAAGAUGGAGAACGCCAUGGGAGACGAAGGCCGUACCACUAGCCGGUAUUUGUCCAGGUCCAGCUCCGCAGACAAUGGCAGGGCAUCCACACACAUCUAAAAAAAACUCUCUCGACAGUGGUAAUUGCUCUAAGACUGCAAGGGAAGCUCAGCUCAGUGGUCAGUACGUACUUUUGUGUUUACAUUUCAUUAAAUAUGCUGUUCAACUUUU